GAUUAUUUCUCUGAGUUUACAGAGAAAAAUGGCAAAUGUAUAUGCUUUUGUUUGUGUAUUGACUGUGGCUGUUGAUGUAGCUGCUGGUGUUCUCAGCAUUCAAGCAGAAAUUGCUAAAGAUGAGGUAGCAUACAGGAGACUAGAAGAUUUUGAGUGUCAAGAGCCGAAUAAUCGCGCUUUUAAGCUUGGUUUGGCUGCAGCAACACUGCUUGCCUUGGCACAUAUUACUGCAAAUUUGCUUGGAGGGUGCAUGUGUUUAUGCUUCUCAGAAGAACUUGAAAGAUCGUCCUCUAGCCGCCAAUUAUGGUUCGCUUGUAUCAUUGUUUCUUGGAUUGUUGUGGCUAUUGGGUUUCCAACACUGGUGAUGGGGAUGCUGGAGAAUUCGAAAUCAAAAUGGUCAUGCAGGGUUUUGCAUCAUCAUUUUCUGUUCAUUGGAGGGAUAUUCUGCUUUAUACAUGGCUUGUUAACUGUUGCAUUUUUUGUGUUUGCAACUCUGUGCUUUAAAAAUAGAAGAGUUCAAGGUUCUCAAGUGGGACAACGACCAGAAUUACAUCUUCCUGACCACUGACCAGCUGCAUGGAAAACAAGAGGAAAAUGGUUUAGUUAGAACCCGUUUGGAAGCUGAGAAAAUGCAUCAAAUUGGGUGUUUGUUUUUCCCUUUUGUGCGGUGUUGAGGACUUGCCUUAUGAUGCUAGAGUUCGGAUUCUCAUGGCCCAGAGCAGACACCCGCCUAGCAAAGCAUAGCUAUGAAGACAAACACUUUUGGCAAAAACAAGAAAAGGAAAACUUUCUCCGGCAUGUUCAAAUUUUUCUUGAGAAGAUGAACAGAGGAGUGGAAAUUACAAGUCAACCUUAUAAUUGGUUUGCUAGAAGACAUUAGUAAUUAGUGAAAUUUGAAUUUAUUUUCAAUUUUUCAUCCAACUUCUAACUUUUCUCAAUCAAGUACUCAUUUUUAU